AUGACCAAGUCAACCAACUCACCUUGGACCGACGACCCUGAGGAACAGGACAUCGAGCGCAUUAUGGAAUUUUGGGAUUCCGAGGAUGUUCGCUCUGUCAUUUGCAGCGCGCCGCCAUCUGGAGAUAUGUUGGGCCUGUUUGAGUCGGGUGGCAAGUUCUACAUUAUCGAAAUGAUUAGAGGUGAAAUAUAUCGUAUCGAUGAUCCUACAACAGAGGACGAUAUUGUUCUGACGAUCAAGGGUAAGGGGCUUGAUGCGCUUAGAUUGGUGAAUCUAAUAGAUGAGGCUAUUGAGAAAGAGGCUGCCAAGAGGGAGGUUAUAGGAGAAGAGGAUACUGGAGGAUGA